AUGACCUACUGUGAGAAGAAGGGACUCUACGUCUUCAUCCAGCAACUGCUCGGACUUCCUUACCUCCCGCCAGGACAUAUCGAGAAGGCAUUCCAGAGCCUGACCGCUAAGCUUCAUUGUCCAGAGGUAGAGGACCUGGUCUCCUAUUUGGAGACAGCCUGGCUGAACAAUCCAAACGGGAGUGUUAGACAAUGGAGUGUGUUCCGCCAGAGUAUCCGAGCAAACAACGACUGCGAAGGCUGGCACCGACGAUUGAAUGGAAAAGCAGGCCGGGCCAUGCUCCAUUUUUACCUCCUUGUACCACUUUUGAGGAAGAAAGCAAACCCCAUCGAAGUAACCAUGCGUUUGGUGGAGGAGCAGACCCUCACCCGUCACCGCCGCACACAGAACCGUCUCCGCGAGACCAAGGUGGAGCACCUGUAG